UCAUGGUCAAAAAGAUUCCAGACUGAAGAAUAAGCUGUUCACAUGUUGCUAUUGUAAUUAUUCAUCUGGGACCAAACAUAAUGUUACGGUGCACAUAUUUACUCACACUGGGGAAAAACCUAAUUUAUGUCCAGUUUGUGGUCAAGCCUUCUCUCAGAGUCAAAAUUUGAAGCGUCAUAUGAAACGACGACACAUAGGAUAUGGAUAUUCGCCCAUAUAAAUGCUCAUUCUGCAAUAGAGAUUUAGAUAUGUCACCUUUAGAAAGAGAUAUUUCGACAAUUACUAUGUUUUCUGUGACAUCCCAAGUAGCAGAAACUGUGCAUGCCUGCCCACAUUGUAACUAUCACACUCCUUGUAUUAGCAACUAUAAGAGGCACAUGCGGACACAUACAGGAGAGAGGCCUUUCAGUUGUUUUGUUUGCAAGAAGACAUUUACUCAAAAACAUGUCCUCAAAACUCAUUUGUUGAUACAUUCAAACUCCAAACCUUUCAAAUGUGAGACAUGCAGUCGAAAUUUCCGCAGCAUGGCGAAUUUGAAGAAACACAGAGACAGUCAGCAUAGGAAGAAAAAUGUUUUAAUUUUUUAAUGUUUAAAAAUAAGAUUUUUAUAAAGUGCAAUAUAUUUGUCUUUUAUUUGUUUGUUGU